AGAUUGAGAUCCAAAACCUCCCAAGACAUUUUGGAUUUGCGCAACCGAAGAAGAUAUUGACUGGUCUGCAACUGAAACCCAAGAAAGUCAAGGCAGUCAACAAGGCAACCUAUGCUUUUGUGACAUUCAGCUGCCAAGAAGAUAAGGAGGAGGCAUUGAAAGUACUCAACGGACGCAAAUGGAAAGGACAAGUGCUCAAAGCCAAGCUUACCAAGCCAGUUGAGGACCCGUACACUAAGAGCCUCGCUCUGAAGAGAAGCCAAGAGGAAUCUGAUGAAAACACCCAAGAAGCUAAGAGGAGGAAGGAGGAGGACAGCUGACCAGUAGAAGAGAGGUUAAACAACAUGGUGACUCCACUAUGGAACCAGCCUUAUGAGGACCAGCUAUCCACCAAACAGACCAACACCAGGGAGUUUCUGAGGAAUUUAUCCAAGAUGCUGGAACGGAACAUUGGGGAGAUGCCUCCCUGUCUGAAGCAACAAAGGAAGAACCACAGUGGGAUGGCAUGUGAGUUGGAGCCAAUUAAGCCAUCGCCAGUAUUAGAGAGUUAUCGCAACAAGUGUGAGUUUACCAUCGGAAAGAGUGUCUAUGGCAUCGAUAACACUGUUGGUUUCCGGCUUGGCGCUUACAAAGGUAAGUAUUUCCUCUGAAGUUUCCUUUUUGCAAAAGACGUAGAUCAACUUUUAUGUUUGAUUGGAUCGGCUGUCGAGGGGCGUGGCCUAUUAGUAGCUACUGCUGAUCAAUCCCAACCAAUCAGAAUGCAACACACAGAAAGAUUGACAGGUGUACAUAUUGUGCAUUG